CUGCCAUUCUGCGCUUACACAGUAUGGCCGGCGAUAUUAGCUAACAUUUGCCCACGGUAUUCUCUGUAAAAGGGAAGACGGUUAAAAAACCAAGGCAACUACAUCUGGACUGCUCAAGGACUUUAACUAAGCUAAUAAAUUAUAACAACCAACAAAUAACACAUUUAACUGAAAUUCCACCCGACGGUUUAAUUUCUGUUGUUGGAGUCUGUUUGUCUCGCGAUGGAAGAGAGCAGUGCACACUUCUUCGAGGGGACCGAGAAGCUCCUGGAGGUGUGGUUCUCCCGAGAAGACGAAGGCAAAGGGACCGGGGAUCUGCGCACUAUCCCCAGAUUUGAGUGGGACAAACUCCUGGAGAAUGUGCAUUGUUUGAUUAUAAGUGUGACAAAGACUGACAAGCAGGAAGCUUAUAUACUCAGUGAGAGUAGCAUGUUUGUCUCCAAGAGACGUUUCAUUUUGAAGACAUGCGGAACCACCCUCUUACUGCAGGCACUGGUGCCACUGCUGGAGCUGGCUCGUGAGUACUGCGGCUUUGAUGCCAUCGAGAAUUUCUUUUAUUCUCGUAAAAAUUUUAUGAAGCCCACCCAUCAAGAGUUCCCUCACCGCAACUUCCAGGAGGAAGUCGAGUUCCUCAGCCAGAUUUUUCCAAAUGGAGCAGCCUACUGUAUGGGACGUCUGAACUCAGACUGCUGGUAUCUGUUCACGCUGGAGCUGCCAGAGUUUUGGGAGAACAAGCAGGCGGACCAGACCCUAGAAGUUCUGAUGAGUGACCUCGACCCGGCGGUGAUGGACCAGUUCUUCAUGAAAGACGGUGUUUCUGCUAAUGAUGUCACUCGUAUGAGUGGAAUUUGUGACCUGGUUCCAGGUUCAGUGAUCGACGCCACACUGUUCAACCCUUGUGGAUACUCCAUGAAUGGAAUGAAAACGGAUGGAACUUACUGGACGAUUCACAUCACCCCCGAACCGGAGUUCUCCUAUGUCAGCUUUGAAACCAACCUCUCCCAGACGUCUUAUGACGAGCUAAUCCGCAAAGUCGUGAAUGUCUUCAAACCAGGGAAAUUUGUGACCACGCUUUUCGUCAAUCAGAGCUCCAAAUGCCGCAGCGUUUUCACUUCGGCUCAGAGGCUGGAGGGUUACCGUCUGCUGGACCGUCAGCUGGCCAGCUUCAACGACUACAACUUCGUCUUCACCAGUUACGGCAAGAGCCGCCAGCAGAAGCAGAGCUGAACCUCCCAAAUGAAGAAGCGUAGAAAGAAACCCUGCCGCUGCUGGCGUGGUCUCGUAGCGGAGAGACGGCGUCUGUGUGUGGUGUCUUCUGGCUGCCGAUCUUCCCUGAGUUUAUCAUUUAUGCAUACUUGUACCUGUGACGUAGAUAUCGUGCAUGAAAGCUCCUCUCGUGUCUCUGUAGAUAUUCUAGCCCAUUCUUGCUGUGAUCUUGAAGUGCAUGUAGAGCUCUUGAACAUGGUCACACCAUCCCAGAACAUGCAACGCUCCCUUCCCUUCCUGCAGGUGUCCCCUCGCAUCCCCCACAGACAGGGUUUCCGACCUCACUAGACGAGGACCCUGACGUGCUCAGAUCUCGUCUUUUACUGAUACUCACCUGCGUUUUAUAGAAGGUUUGCGAGAAAGUAGUUUCAGUUUAUAUUUAAUUUCCUUUGAUUUGAUUUAAAUACACGUUAUGAUGAUUAUUUAAAAUUGAAUUGCAACUCAUUUUUUAAGUAUGCGUUCAUCUCAGCGGUGUACAGCUGUCUAAAUUACUGUGACUGAAGAUAUCCUGAAGACAAACUUAAAGUAUUCCCGCUCCAUCUUUUCUUUAACCCUGCAGACAGCGGUCUUUAUUCGGCGUGCUAGAGAAGCCAAUGUGAACGUGAAGUUGAGUAACUUGAAGCCUGCUCUGCUUUUAGAAACUCUUUUGGAAAACGCAUCUCUUUGAAUAAACUGAUCCAUUCUGUUUGAAGAGACUAAAAAUACUCGUUCUGAUUUUCUUCCUCCGCUUCGCAAGUACCAGAGAAGUGAAUGUUUCACAAGAUGAGUUACUUCACUGUUGCCUUACGUCUCAACUACAUAUAGUCUGCAAUAUAUAGCCAUUAUGGUGAAAGUCAACUGUUGUCUUCCUUUCCUCAAAUAAAAUGGCCUUUAACAUGAAUGUGAACAUUAGUUAGUUGAAAGGUGUUCAAUAAAAGAAUAAAUGAAUGUUUCUGAAUAAUGUAGUAAGAGUAGAAGAAGCCAUGAAGUGUGUGUGUGGGAGAAAGAGGGAAUGGUGUUUCCGUCCAUCGUUUCGGUCAUUGUGAAGGACCCUGGGGCUGUCCAGCGCAGAGCCUGCUCAAUGCACGCCUUUGAAUUGAAACAGUUGGACAGACACUUUGCUUUCGUGUGCCGAUCGCACAGCAAAGCAGUUUUCUUGUUCUAAACCAAACGAGUUCUCUCUCUGACUCUACAGUAAGCACACAAUAGGCGCGCACUGAUCUGAGCUCGUCAGGGCUGACCCGGAUCAUUCCACACCUGACUAAAGUGCAGUUUUAAUGAUUUUUUUUUUUUUUUACAUUAGAUUUGUACACCUCUCCAGAUCAUGCCCUCUUUGUGUUUUUUUUUUUCCACAUGUGCUAUUGCACGCAGCAGGAUGACCGUGCAGUCUUUCUGCUUCAGCCAUUUGUAAAGUCCAGGUUUCAUUUCUGUUCGUACGAUGUAACCAGCUUUGCUCAUUGGUCCUGAGUGUGAUGAGCAGUGGGUGUGGUCUUUAAUCCCGCCCCCCACCACCCUCAUGCUGGUGUAGUUGUGAGGAGGAGGAUGUUUUUGUUACGUCUUGAUCUGUUUGUGAAAUCUUUUCUUCUAGAAGGUCAUGCCCAAAACGGCAGGUCUCCCUACAGAAUGCCUAUUAAUGAAUGUCUCUGUAAAUGCGGCUCAAGGUCAAGGGUCAGCUGGAUGUUUACAAUUGUAGUUAUAUAUAUA